GUGGGAGGUAGCCUGUGGCUCUUGGGUUCUCUAAACGGCUCGGUCGAAGACGCCAUGUCGCAUGGAAGCAGCUCCCUCGACGCACAUGAUGCAUCUGUUGCGGGGGGGACUGCGUGUGACGAUGGCCUUCGCCGUGCAUGACGAAGACGAAGCCAACGGGGAUCCAAACAUGCUUGGCCCACAUGCUCUGUCCGAGGCUGGUGACCAGGUGGGAUCGGCGACGGAGCGCGCAACCCUCGGCAGCGCGAGUGAGAAAUAUUCUGGAAAUCUCAGUUGGGACUGCACCGUGCGUAGACUGAACAGUGCUCUAGGUAGGAUCUGUGUUCAGAUGCCCUGCGCUUGCCAUACCGGUACCAAUAUAAUAUCCCUGGUUACAGAAUUGCAACACACGAGGCCCCAAAGGCCCAUGCUUCAAGGUCCUGCCAGAGACGUCGAUGCAUUCGAUGACAGUUUCUUACUCCAUGAUUUCCAAGAACGGACUGUGCUCAAGCACAACCCAAGCGCGUUGAGUUGA